GUCAGGCAGAGGCAGGCAGACUGUGUGCCAACACUUCAGCACUCUACAAACAAAACCAACCCAGCAAAACAUGGAGAACAUAUAUGAGACCGUAGACGAGAAAAGUGUGCAUGAAGAGCGCCCUGAUGGAGCCGACAGCCCCGACCCAGAGCCCAAAUACGAGAACUCCGGCGGUGCGAGGGAACGGCUGUACAGCGAAGUGCAGGUCCACGUCUGUGCCGAGGAAGAGCGCAGCUCGCCGGUAUACAUGGACAUCAGAGACGGGGAAAAACAGAGCAGCUCGUCCUCUUCAUCCAGCGACGACGAAGAGGCUAAAGCAGAGAGAGCGGCAGAGGUGAGUGUGGAGCCGGUGGUGCAGGUGGAGGAAAUGAACGGCGAGGCGCACGACGGAUCCAGGCGCUCAUCGGCCUCCUCAGCAUCCUCCGCUUCCCCGGGAGACCCGUGCGACGACCCGCCGAUCCAGCCGAGGAUCCAGGAAGAGGAGAACGCGGAGAAUGGGAUGCUGAUGGCAUACACACACCCCAACAGUGACAGCACGCCGGAGGAGUCUGUCGACUACAGCCUGAAAACUCUGGAGAAUGUCACUGUGGAUGAGAGCAGCGCAGCGCCGGCUGACCCCAGCCAGCCUGACAUCUCUCUGUUCGUCAAGGCAGGCAACGAUGGAGAAAGCAUCGGCAACUGUCCCUUCUCUCAGCGCCUCUUCAUGGUCCUCUGGCUCAAAGGAGUCGUGUUCAACGUCACCACCGUCGACCUCAAAAGAAAGCCAGCAGAUCUGCACAACCUGGCUCCAGGGACACACCCUCCUUUCCUGACCUUCAACGGAGAAGUCAAGACCGAUAUCAACAAGAUCGAGGAGUUCCUGGAGGAAACGCUCUGUCCUCCAAAGUAUCCCAAACUGGCCGCCAUGCAGCGAGAGUCGAAUACAGCUGGAAAUGACAUCUUCGCCAAGUUCUCAGCCUACAUCAAGAACACCAAACCAGAGGCCAACGCCGUUCUAGAGAAAGGUUUGACCAAGGCCCUGAAGAAGCUGGAUGACUACCUGAACAGCGCCUUGCCAGAUGAGAUCGAUGCAGACAGCAUGGAGGAGGAGAAGGGCUCCAACCGGUGCUUCCUCGACGGAAACGAGCUCACUCUCGCAGACUGCAACCUGCUGCCCAAACUGCACAUAGUCAAGGUUGUCGCUAAGAAGUACCGCAACUACGACAUCCCCUCAGACAUGUCGGGGGUGUGGCGCUAUCUGAAGAGCGCCUACACGCGUGAUGAAUUCACCAACACCUGCGCUGCUGACUCCGAGAUCGAGACCGCCUACAAAGACGUGGCGAGGAGACUGGCCAAGUAACUCGCCAACCGACCCCAAACCCACAUCUCUUUUCAACAUACACAUGGGACUGUCCUUUUCUAGGCGCCUUCAGUGGCAUUUUCAGGAAGCAGAAAUCCUUUCUGUCUGUCCCAGUAAACAGGUCAGAUGUUGCAGAAGUCUGUGUUAUUGGGUGGCUUAUAGGCUACUGCUUUACAGCUUUAUAUGGUUUUGCAAUUACAGAAACGGAGCAGAGGAUAAAUCAAGCACAUUUAACUUAAUUUACAGGGCUUCAAACCACAUUCAAAUGUUGCUGCUGUGAAACUUCUGACAUAACACUCUCACUCAAACAUGAUUGUGUCCCGUCUGUAUUUAUUUCUCAUAACACAAAGCUCCCUUUCAUACAUACUCCACCGGUCCGCACGGCCAAACAUUUUACUAGCUGCUGAUGUCAGGGUCGUUCACUUUAUUUAUUCCUAAACCCACAUAAGUCUAGUCUGACUCCGGUGUUUAUUAUCAAGCUUUGGCUCCUGGGGAGACACCUUGAUUCAUUUAUGAUUGAUAAUUUGGCGCUAAUCGUUUAGCUGAAUAUGACUGUUCUGCGAUCUGCCGAUCCAGUUUUGAUUGUCAUUACCGUCGCUGGUGCUGAAGUCCUUUUUGUUUCCUCGAGCUUACACGUAUCUUGAAAUUCACUCCUGCUUCUGAAAGAUUGAUUUGAAGAAAGAUUGCUUUUAAUAACAUGUUUAUAAGCUCGAUAAUGUUAGUUUGAGAGAACAAGAUUUAGCUGACGAGGGCAUCGAUAGCUUAGAACAAAGCUUCUGAUUUGUUUGCAUGCAUGAAUCUGUUUGAAAUUUUAAUAUUUAAGAGCUUCUUUUUAAAGAUAUGAAAAAUCCUCAACUAUGUGCCUUUAUUUUGAAAGUAUGAAAAAAUCCAUGCCAAUGUCACAUUCUGAAAAAAAAAAAAAAAAAAGUAAAGCAGCCAGAGCUGAGACAUUUGUUCUGCCUCUAGCUGUUAGUAUUCAGUCUAGGUAUUGAUUUUGUCUUAAGUUACACAUGAUAUUAUGAAUGGAGAGAGUAUUUAUUUAGCAGCCCCAAUCAGGCCUGAUUAGGUAGAGCCAUUAGUGCCUGCGAUGAAAAGCGUCUUCCAGGCCAGGUCCACGAUGGUCAGGAGCCGCGCCCUCCAGCCCUUCAUCAGAGAGACAUUUCCUCCACUCUGAGGAGCCUAUCAACAUCCACGGGCUAAAGUUCAAGUUCAAAAGUUUCAUUGUCCACGCAGAGGAGGGAUGGAAAUUUGUCUUGGGGCUUAUCGUCUUUGGCUUGGUGUCAGGCUGCAACUAUAGCGAGACUUCCUUGAAGAACCAUAAGGCUCUUGUGUGGUUUGGACAAACAUUUGAUAUGAAAUUGGAGCAUGAUGACUGAGAGCCUUGCUCAUUGCAAAGCUCCACAAAUAAAAUAAUAUUUUCACAGA